AUAUAUAUAUAUAUAUCCACUACCCAAAGCUAGCUACCUUUCUUUCUCCCAACUCAUCACCAUGGGCCUGUUUGUUUUCUUUGCUACCAUAACGCUUUGUUUGGUAGUUGAUUCAUCGGCAGUGCUUGAGCGGUUUGAAGAAGCACCUAAACCAGACGGGUCUUUGAGCUUCUUGGUGAUUGGAGAUUGGGGAAGAGGAGGGGCUUACAACCAAUCUCAAGUUGCGGUUCAGAUGGGUGUAAUUGGAGAGCAAUUGGACAUCGAUUUUGUGAUUUCUACCGGUGAUAAUUUUUAUGAUGAUGGUUUGAGAGGGAUAGAUGAUGCAGCCUUUAACUACUCAUUCACCAAAAUCUACACUGCUCCCAGCUUGCAGAAGCCAUGGUAUAAUGUUUUGGGCAACCACGAUUAUAGGGGUGAUGUUGAGGCACAGCUGAGUCCUGUUCUCACAAAUCUUGAUAAGAGAUGGGUUUGUUUGAGAUCCUAUGUUGUCAAUGCAGAAGUUGCAGAGUUUUUCUUUGUAGACACUACUCCAUUUGUGGACAAAUACUUUACUGAACCAGAAGACCAUGUCUAUGAUUGGAGUGGCAUAGGGCCUAGAGAACAAUACAUUUCCAACAUCCUCGAGGAUGUGGAUUUGGCUUUAAGAGAAUCAAAUGCAAAAUGGAAGAUUGUGGUGGGUCACCAUGCAAUUAGAAGUGCCGGGCACCACGGUGAUACAAAAGAGCUUGUUAACCAGCUUCUCCCAAGUCUUGAGGCAAACAACAUUGACCUUUUCAUAAAUGGACACGAUCACUGCCUACAGCACAUAAGCAGUCUUGACAGUGGAAUUCAAUUUUUGACAAGCGGUGGUGGGUCUAAGGCAUGGAAGGGUGAUGUGAAAUGGUGGGUGCCCGAAGAGAUGAAAUUGUAUCACGAUGGUCAAGGAUUCAUGUCUGUGAAGAUUACUCAAACUCAAGUUGAGAUUGCAUUCUAUGAUGUGUUUGGCAAUGUUCUACACAAAUGGAACACCUCCAAACAGCUGAGCUCAACCUUGUGAAGAAACAGAUCAGGGUGCUGGAGAAGCAAAGAAAAUUAAAAGCAAUUGUGGUGUAUUAAUUAUUAUUAUUAAUUGGCUCAUUUGGCUUAUGAUGAUUUAAUGCUAUGCAACUGAUAAGUGAUGAUUGAAUACUGUAUCUGUUGAGAUAAUUAAUCACUAUAGUUGUUCAACUCACUUUUCAUUUGUACUA